UCUUAUUAUUAUCCUUUUUAUAAUAUUCUAACACAACAAUACAAUCAGUUAUGGUAACAUCAUUUGAUUGAGCUCUGGACCGAAACACUAUUAACCCCGAUCAAGCGAGGUCAUUGGUCAACCAGAAAUUGGUUUCGGCUUGACCACUGAGCUGGGCGGAUUUUUGGUUUGAAAAACCGCCGGAGCUCAAACGGAGCAGCUUUUCUGAGUUUGAAUUGAAACUAAUCUAUGGAUGAAAGUGAGGAUCAUUUCGGAACACUUCAAACACUUCUAGUACCUAUAGGUAACUUAUAAAUUCUGAUUGCAUUAUCGCGGGCUUCUCUGUUCGCUCUUUCCUUUCCUUCCCCAAAAGGGAAACUGAGAUCACAGACGUCGCUGCAUCGCCGGAGACCGCCAGCGAAUCGACCUCAGUGGUGGUGGUAUUUCAGCCAUGGGGCAAAUGAAAAAGCUGGGAGCCGUGGCACCGCUGAAGAAACGGAGCUACAAGGAGCGGAUAGCGGCUAGUUCAGCCAAACUCGCCGAGAUAUGGAAAGAAUUCGAGGAUUCCGAGCGCGUGUUGGAAGCCUUUUCCCGAAGUCAGGGCUACACGUGCCCGAUCGGGCCAUUCGAGGGAGCGCUCCCUCCAUUUCCUGCGCCCGGGGCCCCUGUGGUGGAUGUGGAAGCUUCACUCUCCGAAUUAGAGACGGCAGUCGCCGAAGCGCAGAGGGCGUAUAAGCACACUAGCCAGAGGCUGGAAUUAGUGUGCCGCAGCUACGGCUUACCAAGCCCAUUUGGCCCCUCCUCCAGGCCUUAGUUUUCUGCCCGGAGGUACCCUUCUUUCACUUUUUGAGGUGGCAGUGUUGACUGUUUAGAUGUUAAGAUCAGAAUGUGAUAGAUAGUUUUGUUAGAUGUAGGGGGUGAAUGGAUGUUGAGAUGUGAUUUGGAGAUUUACAACAUGGGAAAUGAGUGCUUGAAUGAUGCUGUUAAUCGAGUUCAACAGUGAGUCGAUCAUACAUAGUUAGCAGCCUAUGAGAAUGAGAGGUUUGAGCCGAAAACUUACGAUUUCUUGUUUUGUUCUUUUUGCUUGCAAAUCUAUAGCUUGCAUUAUAUCAUGUUGAGAUCACAACAUAUAUGAGAGGCGAUUAGGAUCAUCAGCUAGCAAAAAAUGACGCACCUUUUACUUAGUUAACCCCAAAUUGCUUUAUGUGAGCAUUAAUACUUCUUUCAAAUUCAUCACAUUGGACCACAACCCUAUCUUUUCUUGUUUCUCAACCCUAUUGAAUAAAACGUUUGCAAGAAGAUUGUAGUGUUAAGACGCUUUUACGGUGCUCCUUGUGCAUAUUAGUUAGGUUGGUUGGGUUAAUGUGUUGCAGAAGGUUUGUUGAGUUAACAAUGAUGAUAGUAGUAAUAAAGAAGUCGACUUUCAUGUGGUGCAGGAAAAUUGCAGUGGGCUCUUACUAUUGCAGUUAUGUCCUUCUGUCACUGCACCCAUGUAUAUUGAGAGGGAGCAGAAGUGAUUGGGGGAAGUCUCAUAUUUUGCCAGGGGGAAGAAGAUGGUGAUCAAAGCCUUUUGUUGCUCCUUUAUUUUGUAGAGGGAUAGAUUUUUAAUAGGGAGUCAUAUGUUUUCUUGGAUGAUGAACUAAAGCUCAAUCUUUAGCGGAAUAUUUUAGGAUUAUCUAUCUAUUGGAUCUCGUCGGAUUAGUUAAAGUCUAUCUUUCUUCUGUUUUCAUAUUGUGUGCAGAUCUUAUAAUGCUUUGUUGAUUGUCACCUUCACAUGUGAAGUGCAAUCCAUUCUAUAGAUUAAUAUCGGGAAGGGGGGAAAACAUCCUAGUUACUUUGCAAUCUAAUCACACUUCAAUCACUAAUUUUCCAUACAACAGAGUAUGACUUGUGUCUCCAGCAGAGGAAAAACAGCAAAUCUGUAUUCUUAAGUAAACCUCACACUUUCUCUUUAUGGUUCUGAGAUAAAUGUGUGAAACAAAGAACGGUUCCUUCUUCUUCAUGAGUGAUCCAUGAAGAUGAGUCACCUGACCUGAUGCAUAUUUUAUAGAGUUUCUGACCAAAUGGUCUAUCUAGGUCAUGAAUUUGGUUGCCACGCAGACAAUCACCAGUAAGCUAAUAGUGCUUCCGACACUGUUAGAUCAUGGCUUCCUGUGAUCUCGGCUGAUGGAUCGAUGCGGUGGUAAUCUUGUAAACAAUGCCACCCGUGUUGAUCCCAUAGCGAGAUCGCUGGUGGCACUAGAUUACGUAUCAACUCAUUACUCGAGCCAAAAUUCUGCCAAAUAUGUUUUCCCCAAGGAAAUUGUGAGAGGCUGGGAGCUGCAAAUGGUUAUGUAUCAGUCAGUUUGCAGCAGGCAUAUUCAAAUGUAUCAGCUAAUUGGUGGAUCACAUUCGUAGGAGGACUCCCAAGAUAAUUUAAGUUUUGAAGUGUAAUUAUGACGAGAGAUUUUCCUGUAUAAGAACAAAUUGAUUUGAAGUUUGUCUUGGAAUAAAAGCAAAGCAUAUAACAUCAUGAUCUUCCUCAUGCUUUUCCCUUGUUCCAUCCAAGUGGGUUGAAGGAAGGUUUCUUGUUGAGCUUUGUUACUGUCUUAUGGCUUCUUUCACUGUCUUGACUAUUAUUAAUAAUAAUCAGUCAAUUAGCAGAAAUCUGGUGUUUAGGAAUCUUAGUACCAGGUUUAAUCAUAGGUAUAUAAUACUUGAGGCAACGAGGCUGGAUAGGAUAUAUUUUGAAGAACCUUUUUGAGCUUUGAGGGGCCACUUGCUGGGGUCUUGAAUAAGAAUGUUCAAAAGAU